AUGACUGAAAGGACUUCAUCGGCCCUUUCCAACACAAGUGUCGAUCCAUCUCCUCCGGCACCGCCACUUCUAACAAGAAGCGGCGAGCUUUUCAAACCGGUGUCGGAGCUUAUCGGGGGACGACCGUUAACUGGUAUUGUGGAAACCAUUUUUCGAUCAGGGUGGGCGGAGGAGAUAGGCGUAACAGUCAAGAAGGUCCUGAUGGUGAAUAAUAGUAUAGAUGUUCUCAACAGGUUUGAGGAGUAUAGGGAAAUGGUGAAAUCCAAGGCCAAAGAAAACAGUGUCGGUUUAGGAUUGGAAAGAUUGGUGGCUGAUGGGAAUGAGCUUUUACUGUUUCAUGGCGUGGUCAUUACUUGUGCAUUAGGGUCUGAUAAGGGGGCUUUGGGCAUUUGCAGCAAGAAACGUUGUGGGGUUUGUAGAGUUAUUGGUUCAAACUUUUUCGUUAGAGAAGAUACAGCAAGAACAACAACAUCAUUGUGUGGGAAUAGUUGGAGAGCUCAUGAGAAAGUGGCUACUGAAUGUAUUGCCAAUGGCGUGUCUCCAGCUACAAGGAAGGGCAUCAUAUUGUGUAAAGUAAUAGCCGGCCGAGUUGUUCGUGCUCCCAAGUUUGGGCUCAUGGAUGGAGAAAAGGGAGGAUUUGAUUCUGUGGUGAGUUCAACUGGGGAUCAACCGGACGGUUCACAAGAUCUCAUGGUUUUAAAUCCAAGGGCUAUCCUUCCGUGCUUUGUGAUAAUCUACAAUGUGUGCAAAGGUACCAUGUUUCAAUAA